UAUUUAAAUCUAAGUAAUUUAAAGAAGUCAGUCAAACUCAUAAAGCUUUAACAAGCAGUGGCUUCCAGCCUGGAAGCCAACUGUUCAAGCCCCUAAUUGGGACAUCCAGGAGCUCUUUACACCCUAAUUACAACUCGGAACCCAGACUCACUGCAUAUCCCGUCCCGUAUAUAAUGCAAAACUUGAUUCUGCAAGUUCCUUUCUCGGGCGGUGAAACUUCGAGGUCCUCUCCAUGGAGACCUCUGAUAAAUGCUUAAGUAGUGAUCUUUUCUUUCUCGUUUGCAUCCAUUGCAACGCCUCCGCUGAUGGGAAAAACUACUCCCUCCGCUACUGCGGGGAGGGAGUGACGUCACAGAAUUAGCUGACCUGUUUUUUCGGGCUUCGGGGACCUAGAAGCCCCGAAGGCCGAGAGUGAAUGAGUGGGAUGGGGGAGGCUGAGGCUCCUCCUGUCAGGGGCUGAGCCCUGCAUCGUGGGCCUGGGCAGGGAGCAGCCUUGACGUCCGGGCUCGGAGCGGUGCGGCUGCCAGCCGACCCUGCGGCGAGAGAGUGGGUGUGUGCGUGGGGAGUCGGCCAAACUUCCUGUCCCGCGCUCGAGCUGCUUCCGGCGGGAGCCGGAAGACGCUGUGUGUGGACGGAAUUCGGGACCGACUGACGGCCUGCCGGCUGCCCGGAACUACAAGGGUCUCACUGUGUUACCUAGGCUGGGAAGAGGAAUUCUUAAGCCAUGGAGAUUCAAGAUCAAACCUAGAAUAUAUAGUAAUAUUCAAGCCAGUGAUUCCUGUGUACCUCCUCUGUGGGUGGGAGUCCUGGCUUUGCAACUUAAUAACUUAGUUAAAUUGAUUACCUACCUAGUACAACAUCUUACAGGAAGAGCAUAGUAUUUCCUAGAGGAAUAUGAACAUAACAGGAAGGUAUCAUUGGCUCUGAAUUAAAUUUGAACUUGUCCCCUGAAUAGCUACAGGUUUUGGAAGCUGAAUCAAUGUUAUCAGAUGAGUUAGAAUCCAAACCAGAGCUCCUGGUACAGUUUGUUCAGAAUACGUCCAUCCCACUGGGACAGGGGCUAGUAGAAUCAGAAGCUAAAGAUAUUACUUGUUUGUCCCUCCUUCCCGUGACUGAAACCUCAGAAUGCAGUCGGCUAAUGUUACCAGAUGAUACUACAAAUCAUUCCAACUCCUCCAAGGAGGUCCCUUCCUCAGCUGUUUUGAGAAGCCUUCGGGUGAAUGUUGGUCCAGACGGAGAGGAGACGAGGGCUCAAACUGUACAGAAAUCCCCGGAGUUUUUAUCCACUUCAGAGUCUUCUAGCUUGUUGCAAGAUCUACAGCCAAGUGAUAACACUUCUUUUAUUCUUCUGAACCUAACAAGAGCAGGUCUGGGCUCUUCAGCUGAGCACUUAGUGUUUGUACAGGAUGAGGCAGAAGAUUCAGGGAAUGAUUUUCUCUCCAGUGAGAGCACGGACAGUAGCAUUCCAUGGUUCCUCCGGGUUCAGGAAUUGGCCCAUGACAGUUUGAUUGCUGCUACUCGUGCACAGCUGGCAAAAAAUGCAAAAACCAGCAGCAAUGGAGAAAAUGUCCACCUUGGUUCUGGUGAUGGACAACCCAAAGAUUCUGGGCCCCUUCCUCAAGUGGAAAAGAAGCUCAAGUGUACAGUUGAAGGCUGCGACCGGACAUUUGUAUGGCCAGCUCACUUUAAAUACCACCUCAAGACUCAUCGAAAUGACCGCUCCUUCAUCUGUCCUGCAGAAGGUUGUGGGAAAAGCUUCUAUGUGCUGCAGAGGCUGAAGGUACACAUGAGGACCCACAAUGGAGAGAAGCCCUUUAUGUGCCAUGAAUCUGGCUGUGGUAAGCAGUUUACUACAGCUGGAAACCUGAAGAACCACCGACGUAUCCACACAGGAGAGAAACCUUUCCUUUGUGAAGCCCAAGGAUGUGGCCGUUCCUUUGCUGAGUAUUCUAGCCUCCGAAAACAUCUGGUGGUUCACUCAGGAGAGAAGCCUCAUCAGUGCCAAGUCUGUGGGAAGACCUUCUCUCAGAGUGGAAGCAGGAAUGUGCAUAUGAGAAAGCAUCACUUGCAGCUGGGAGCAGCUGGGAGUCAAGAGCAGGAGCAAACUGCUGAGCCACUAAUGGGCAGUAGUUUGCUUGAAGAGGCUUCAGUACCCAGUAAAAACCUGGUGUCUAUGAAUUCCCAGCCCAGCCUUGGUGGAGAGUCCUUGAACCUACCAAAUACCAAUUCUAUCCUGGGAGUUGAUGAUGAAGUGCUUGCUGAAGGAUCCCCACGUUCCCUGUCUUCAGUGCCUGAUGUGACACAUCACUUGGUGACCAUGCAGUCAGGGAGGCAAUCAUAUGAAGUUUCUGUCUUAACUGCAGUAAAUCCACAAGAGUUACUAAACCAAGGAGAUUUAACUGAAAGACGGACAUGAGCACGGGUGCUGACUCCUGGAAGAGCAGCUCUAUCUGAUCUCAAAACGCAUACACUGGGAACAGGAUGCCAUAGCUCACAACAGAACCAGAAUGAAUCUUUGAAGGACAGGACUCUGCUUUUGCCACUCUUCCUCUUUCCUGGUACAGAAGAUGGAUGUAGGAGAGCUUCUUUUCUAACUGCCAUCUUACCCAGACAAGGAAUGAAGCAAUGACUGUGGGCUAGGAAACUGUACCUACCUCUCUUCCCACUGCAAAAUUCUGGGAUAGACCAAAAGUGAAUUUGAUUAUGUGUUGGCUGAAGUUCCUCACUAUGACUGUUGAGGGGAGGUUUUCCUUUGAAGAGUUUUCAUCCCAGACUCAGCUGUCUUUUCACAUGGAUGAAAUAAUUCCUGCCACCAACAACAGAGCUUUACCAGGAAGUUGAGCUUUCAUGAUGCCUUGUUGCUUUGAAGAAGGGAGUGAUGUCAAUUAUCUUGUUACAUUCUCCCUUUAGCAACCUGAGUAAGAGACUCUGCCACUGGGCUGCAAAAAAAAUUAAUUACUUGAAUCUCCCCUUGGCCCAGGCUGAGGUACUAUCUUGUCCUAUACCUUCUACUUGGUCACUUUGCUUUCUUUGUUAAUGGAACAUACAGUAGCAUGUUAAGAGGGAUUUCAUGUUUUUGUUUUUUUAAAGUUAAAAAUUAGAUGAUGCAGAGAUUCAGUUUUUCCUUUAAAUAAACAAAACAGCCCAGUCA